AUAGAACGAAGAGCGAGGAGAAAGACUAGUUAGAGAUUGGCUCAGUGAGUAGCGAAGUCCCUGAGGGACAGGAAGGAAGAUACAUCUCAGCGUCUGCUAUAAAAACCACCAGCACAGGGACCUGCAGAGACAAAGCAGCAAAAACCGACUGUUGUGCUUCCAUGUAGAUCUGUUUAGAGUUAAGGAGUAGAUCACCAGUGAGACACGAGAGAAGACAGAAACAACGGCAAAACCACGCACUCGCUCUGAAGGGGGUUAAGUCCAUUCAGAGGCUCACGACCUCGCUGAUCAGGUGAACACGGAUUGAGUGACAAUACAACAGAACUCCACAAUGACUGCUGCUGCUCAGGAGCUAGAAGAGCUGUGCUACCUCUCAUCCCAGUCCUUGUCCGCUCUGAAGACCUCUGACCACUUCCAGAUGGUCAAGCUGCUGGGAGAGGGCUCCUAUGGCAAGGUCAUGCUGGCCGUCCACAAGAAAAGUGGCACUCCGAUGGCUCUCAAGUUCUUCCCCCGUCGGUCCACCUGCCUUUUCUCUUUCCUGCGGGAAUACAACUUCUCCCUGUCCUUCUGCACCCACCCCUCUCUCACCCGGGCCCUGGGGAUCUUCUACUCCACACCCUCUCACUUUGUUUUUGCCCAGCAGGCUGGUCUCUAUGGAGAUCUGUACAGCGUCAUAGUGUCAGAGGUUGGUUUGGAUGAGGACCGGGUUCAGAGGGUGAUGUCUCAGCUCAGCGGGGCCGUCUCUCACCUGCACUCCUUGGGCUUUGUGCACCGCGACAUCAAGCCAGAGAACGUCUUCCUGUGGAACAGGGACUGUCACUGGGUCAAACUGGGCGACUUCGGCCUGGCCCGGCCCACCGGCUCAACCGUCCGCGCCGUCUGGUACGACUCGCCCUUCUGCACACCCGAGGUGGAGCCGGCCAAAGAGUCCGAGAAAGUGAGGGAGCAGAGAAUGGAAGACGGAGAGGAGGAGGAGGACUCCUGGAUUACGGUUGAGACCACUAUAGACAGCUGGGCCCUGGGCAUUCUGGUCUACUGCCUGCUGACGGGAUGCUUUCCCUGGGAGGAAACCACCCACGAUGACCCUGCCUACCGGAGGUACAAGGAAUGGUAUGACCGCGAGACGGACAGGGAGGAGAGAAGAGAGACCCUGAGAAGAGAGGAGGAUAUUUGGGACAAAGGUGAAAUGGAAAAUAGUAGCCUAAACCUGGAGGAGAAUGUUAUGAUCCCUGUGGCACCACAAUUUAAAGGAUUCAGCCCACUGGUGAUGUCUCUGUUUAGGCAGCUGCUCAACCCACAGCCCAGCCUUCGAGGGGGCCCGGAUGAGAUUCUCAGCUACCUGGGGGGGCCCUGGCUGAUGGAGACAGAGAGGGAGGAGAAGAGGAAAGCAGAGGAGGCAGAGAUGGAGGCCAGGAAGAUAAGAGAGGCAGGGGCUGUGGAGGAAGGGAGGGAGAGGGAGGGGAGAGGGGAGAGAUAAAAUGAGGGAGAGAGGAUGAGAGUGGGAAGAUAAAUGAUGUUUCAUACUGUGCUUAACAGGUCUAACAAUGAAAUAAAAUGAGGAAGAGAGGAUGAGAGUGGGAAGAUAAAUGAUGUUUCAUACUGUGCUUAACAGGUCUAACAAUGAAAUAAAAUGAGGAAGAGAGGAUGAGAGUGGGAAGAUAAAUGAUGUUUCAUACUGUGCUUAACAGGCCUAACAAUCUGUACAUUUUGAAAGAGAAUAUAAGCUUUAAGGAGGUUGAUAUUAUGAAAAUAUUUGCUGACAUUUCUUACUGUAUUGAUGGAAUUGAGACCACUGUACUUUGAUACUGCUGUUUGUUUCACCUUGUAAAUAGCACCACUUUAUUAGUACUUACUGUACAAAGUGUAAUGUAUGUAUGCAUGAGUGUGAAUGUGCCGUGUCUACCUGUGUGUGUGCGCGUGUGUGCGUGCGUGUGUGUGUGCAUGUGCAUGAACCUGAGUGUCAGGGUGCUUGUGUGGGGUAAGGAACCCCCUAAUAGAAUACAUGUACUAGUGUGCCUUCAACACGUUCCUAUUUGAAUUACGUCACUCUGUUGUGACCGUUUUUGUUGUAAAAAUGUUGGAUGAACCAGUUUCUAUUUGUAACUUUUACAUGUGCUUGUAUGUCUAAAUAUAGUUUUUAUGUAUAGUACACAUACCCAAGCCCCGGUGACUGUGUCAAAUAGAGAAGUUACAUCAGCACGACACUUCUGUUAGCAGGCGCCAAAUUUACUCAGUCAGUUCUAUCUCAAUACAUUGCCACGAAAAACACAUGAAACACAGUACAUGUAUUGGGAGAGUUACAGGGGAUUUGUGUCUUGAUACUUAAUGUUAGAUUCUUCCUUAGCCUGAAAGACAUCUAAGGACACUGUAAUCCAUGAUUUAGUUUUCUUCAGAAGCCCAUGAGAAAUUGGGAGUGUGAGCAGGUUAAUAAAACAACACAGAAAUCUU